AUGGUCACGACAGCCACCGUCCCGAUUCCCGUCGGGGAGCCUCAGAAGCUCGAGAAGAAGCCGAUCAAAUUUUCCAACCUUCUUCUCGGUGCCGGCUUGAACAUGUUCGAGGUCACCACCCUCGGCCAGCCUCUCGAGGUUGUCAAGACCACCAUGGCCGCCCACCGCAGCGAUGGCUUCACUUCCGCCUUGGGACGUAUUUGGUCUCGAGGCGGUGUUCUAGGCUUCUACCAGGGCCUCAUCCCCUGGGCUUGGAUCGAAGCCUCGACCAAGGGCGCCGUCCUCCUCUUCGUCGCUUCCGAGGCGGAGUAUUACGCUCGAUCGGCCGGCGCCUCGGAGUUCGGCGGUGGCAUCCUCGGCGGCGUCACUGGCGGAGUGGCCCAGGCCUAUGCCACCAUGGGAUUCUGCACAUGCAUGAAGACGGUCGAGAUCACCAAGCAUAAGAUGGCUGCCUCCGGCGUCAAGCCGCAGUCUACCUUUGCCACCUUCAUGGACAUCUACCGCAAGGAGGGCAUCCGCGGCAUCAACAAGGGCGUCAACGCCGUCGCCAUCCGCCAGAUGACCAACUGGGGUAGCCGCUUCGGUCUCAGCCGUCUUGCCGAAGGCUGGAUCCGCACCGCCACCGGCAAGAAGGAAGGCGAGAAGCUCUCGCCGUGGGAGAAGAUCCUAGCCUCCGGUCUUGGUGGUGGUCUCAGCGCCUGGAACCAGCCCAUCGAAGUCAUCCGUGUCGAGAUGCAGAGCAAGAAGGAGGAUCCCAACCGACCCAAGAAGAUGACCGUCGGCAACACGUUCAAGUACAUCUACUCCAACAACGGCAUGCGAGGCCUGUACCGCGGAGUUGCGCCGCGAAUCGGCCUCGGUGUCUGGCAGACGAUCUGCAUGGUGGCCUUUGGCGACAUGGCGAAGACGUAUGUGGAAAAGUUGACAGGCGAUCAAGUUUCGGCGAAGCAUUAG